CGCUCAGUAUCGAGGCGUGAGGAACUGAAACGGUUUCUCGCGCGGAUGAUCGUUGUAAAGACGCAGCGCAUCCAGUUGUGUAAAAAAAAUACACAAACGUUUCCGCGUGUGCAUUUACUCGGUAAUGUCGGGUGCAGUGCAACAUCUGUGCCAACGGAUCGGGCUACUGGCAUAUGCUGUCGUCUCGUGAUAAGGUGAAGCUGUCUCCAUGGCGACCAGCAUGGUUCCCGGGGACAACCUGCCGACGUAUAAACUGGUGGUGGUCGGAGACGGAGGAGUUGGGAAAAGCGCUCUCACCAUCCAGUUCUUCCAGAAGAUCUUCGUCCCCGAUUACGACCCCACCAUUGAGGACUCGUACCUCAAACACACCGAGAUUGAUGGGCAGUGGGCCAUUCUGGAUGUUCUAGACACAGCAGGACAGGAAGAGUUCAGUGCCAUGAGAGAGCAGUACAUGAGGACAGGAGACGGAUUUCUCAUCGUCUUCUCAGUCACCGAUAAAGCCAGUUUUGAGCACAUCGACCGUUUCCAUCAGCUCAUCCUGAGAGUAAAGGACAGGGAGUCUUUUCCAAUGGUCCUAGUUGCGAAUAAAGUCGACCUGGUGCAUCUACGCAAGAUCACCAGUGACCAGGGUCGAGAAAUGGCCACCAAACACAGCAUCACGUAUAUCGAAACGAGUGCGAAGGAUCCACCCAUGAAUGUAGACAAAGCGUUUCAUGAGCUUGUCAGAGUGAUUCGGCAGCAGAUUCCAGAGCGGGGUCUGAAGAAGAAGAGGAAGGCCAAAUGGCGGGCGGACAGACCUUCGGGUUCCCAGAGGCUGCACUGCGUUAUACUGUGACCGCACACCUCUAUCUCUGGGCGUCAGUUCUGCGAUGAUGAUCCCGUGACUCGGACUGUUAAAACACACACACACGCACACAAAGCUAUGAUGAUAUCCAGGAUUUAGGGAACACAAUUUGAAGAAUCCAAUUCCGUAUUGCGGAAUUUCAGGCAGUUGGUGGGAUUUUCGUAACAGGUGAAGGUUUCCCUGGAUGUCAAGGCAGGUUUCUAGCGCUGUUCACUCACGUAACCUCUCAGAGAACAAUUGAAAAACAUCCUUUCUGAGGCCUUGUUUUAUAUUGUGUUUCUAUAUUUAUCGUGCUGAAUUCUAUAUUGUUAAGUGAUUGUUAAAACGGCACUAAGUCCUGUUCGGGAAAUAGACAUUUUUACUCAUCACAAUUCACAAGGAUAUAGAUAUACAGUAGUCGGUGAGGGAUGAACCGCCUACCCGGAGGGGAGAACAAAUACUGGUUACCAUACUUACUCGUUCGUUUUUGUAAAGGUAGGUACAAUUCAGAUACACUU